AUGGGUGGAUACAAAGUUCCAGCCGGGUAUUUCCCGUAUGGAGCUAAUGGAGUACUUGCUGGAUCUGCAACCGUUUUUUUCUCAUAUGAUGGUUUUGAUGUAGUAACAAGCACAGCAGAAGAGGUGAAGAAUCCUCAGAGAGAUGUAUCUGCUGUUGUGAUUGGUUUGGUGCCAUGUUCCCAAUUAGAUCCUGAUACCCCUAUCGCCUCAGCUUUUGCUAGUUAUGGAAUGAAUGGAUCAGUGUCAGCGUUAGACAGGUUUGAAGGUGAAGGUUUUGAUGUACUCUCUUUUGAAGCCUAA